AUGAGAUUGAGGAGUUGGAUCACACUAUACCGAAGAGACAAAGCAAACAAAGAUGUAGACACUGUCCCAGAUGAGGGGAGUGAUCGAUUGAGUGAGAGGAGGAAGGAAGAACUUCAUUGGAUACAAUGGGCCCAAGAGAAGCAUUUCCAGAAGGAGAUACAGAAGCUUAAAGCUGGAGAGAGUGUAGAGAAGACAAGUGUCAUCGUCCAAUUGAACCCAUAUUUGGAUAAGCGAUCACAAGUUAUCCGCGUAGGUGGUCGCCUCAACUAUGCCCCACUGCCAGAAGAAGUGAAGCACCCAAUCGUUCUUCCGACUCACAAUUCGUUCGUGAAGAUGCUUGUGAUGCAUUACUACAAGAUUACCUUGCAUCCUGGAGCGGCUCAGACUCUAGCAAGUCUACGAAACAGAUAUUGGAUUGUCCAUGGGAAACAAGAGGUGCGGCGGAUACUCAAUACGUGCAAAACCUGUCGAGAACCUCUCAAGAUCGACCAACGAAUGGCACCUUUGCCAGAGGAGCGUAUAUCAAUCGCACCAGCAUUCACUAAUGUCGGUGUCGAUUUUGCUGGGCCACUCUUCGUGAGGGUCACAGUUGGAGGUGAAUCAACAAGCAAAGUGUACAUUUGUCUGUUUUCCUGUAUGGUGACUAGGGCCAUACACCUUGAGCUUGUCGAAACACUGACUACUGAGCAGUUUAUGUUGGCCUUGCGGAGAAUGAUGAGCCGAAGAGGACGAUGUCGGAUGAUGUUGUCGGACAACGCUAAAACUUUUAAGAAGGCUUCAGACAUAGUCCAGAAGAUUUUCAAGAAGCAGGAUGAUGUUAGAGACAAGUUAGAACAAGAGGGCAUACGCUGGAAGUUCAUCACUGAACGUGCUCCAUGGCACGGUGGGUUUUACGAGAGAAUGGUUGGAUCGGUAAAGAGACCAUUGAAGAAGGUUCUCGGGAAAUCGAAGCUCACCCUGAUUGAGCUGAUGACUGUUUUAACGGAAGUAGAGGCAAUGGUGAACUCGCGUCCAUUGACCAUGGUGUCGAGUGAUACAGAGGAUUGGUUGCCCCUCACUCCGGGGCACCUUGCCAUAGGACGAAGCCCCCAGUCUCUUCCGGAGGUUGACAAGGUUACUGCACAGACCACACUUGGCAAGCGUUGGCGGUACCAACAGUCUCUUAUGAAGCAAUUUUGGAACAGAUGGACAACAGAGUACCUUCUCCAACUCCAGCAGAUGCGGAAGUGGACCGAUGUAAGGGACAACCUUCAAGUUGGGGACGUUGUAUUUUUGGCAGAAGAAGGGAUGCGAAAGGGAGACUGGACGUUGGCCAAAGUGGAAGAGUUGCACCCAGGCAGGGACAACUUAGUGAGGUCCGUGACAGUGAGGACAGCUGCUGGUCUGAGACGGCGACCAGUACAGAAGUUAAGGUUACUUGAACCAGUAGAUAAUCAGUAG